CGUCAUCCAUAGAUUUGGCAUGUGUGUAUGUAAAAAAGUCUAUUGAAUGCAGGACUAUAAAAGUAUUUGCAACUUGAAAUCAUCAUCAGUUGAGUUCACAAUUCAUAUAAAAUCCACCUCCAAUAUGAAGACGAUCGUGGCACUUACAGUGUUGGUGGGCUUGGCCACCACUUAUGCGUACAGUACGGAACACGACGACCUGGACAUCGCAGCGAUUGUCGCUGAUAAGAAUGAACUGCAAAAAUUCAUCGAUUGCUUCACCGAAAAAGCUCCUUGCACCAAACUGACACAAGAUUUUAAAUCCAAGCUGCCCGAAGUCGUGCGCGAAGCCUGUGAAAAGUGUAAUCCAACUCAGAAGAAGAAGUUGAAAAUAUUCCUCGACGGCUUGAACGAGAACUUCCCUGAGGAAUACAACGCUCUCAAGAAACAGUUCGACCCCACUGGCAAACUUUUCGAGGCCCUAGACGCAGCUCUGUCCGAAUCUUCGUGCGAAUUAAAUAUGAAGUGCAUAUUGUUGUUGCCGAUUUUGAUGGCGGUCGUCGCAGCCGAGACUUAUAGUACAGAGAAUGAUAAUCUCGAUAUUGAGGCGGUUGUUCGAGAUUUGCCUACAUUAAUAUCCUUCUUAGAUUGCUUUAAUGAUAAGAAACCGUGCGACGAAGUACAAGCUGAUUUUAAAAAUGACAUGCCUGAGGCGUUCGAAAACGCGUGUGCUAAGUGCACGGCAGCACAGAAACACAUCUUUAAGCGAUUCCUAGAGGAAUGCGAAAAGAAAGCACCUGAAGACCUCAAGGCCCUUAAGAAAAAAUACGACCCAGAUUCUAAGCAUUACGCUAAACUUGUAGCUGCCAUUUCAAAGUCUUAAAGCUACGUGAAACUAAAGAAAUCGAUUUAAAAAAAAAACAAUAUCAUAAUAAUAAACGUAUCAUAGAAUAGUACACAUAAUAACAAUCUU